AUGUCUCUCGAUAUGACAUCUACUGCAGCAGACAAUGAGAAGCAUCCUGGUUCGCAAAACCAGGAUGAACAAAAUCUGGAAUGCCAUGGCUAUGUUCAACAGACCAAGAGAAACUUCUCCCUUACUGCCAUGGUCGCAACAUGCGUCAAUCUGAUGGCAACAUGGGAAGCAUUAUCUAGUACACUCGCUGCUGGACUCGUAAGCGGCAGACCAGUCUCCCUUGUUUACGGCGUCAUUGUGGCCUUUAUUGGAUCACUCUGCUCUGCCAGUUCUUUGGCCGAGCUGGCAUCCAGCUAUCCUACUGCUGGCGGACAGUAUCACUUCGUCGCCAAGCUGAGCCCGAAAACGAGUCGACCCGUGACUAGCUGGUUCGCUGGAUAUAUAUCAACGCUGGGUUGGAUUUCUGCUGCUGGCAGCUCCCCCUUUCUCGCCGGAACACAGAUCCAAGGUCUUCUCGUCCUCAACUAUCCCGAAUCCUACGUCUUCCAAAGAUGGCAUGGCACGCUGCUCUUCUGGGCCGUCCUUCUCGGAUCUGCUUGCAUUUGUAUCUUUUGCAGUAACAAGCUGCCCCUCAUCGAGAAACUGACCCUAGUGCUGCACGUCACCUUCUUCAUUGCAAUUAUAGUCACCAUAGCUGUGAAAUCACCAAGCAAGCACUCGGCCGAAUUCGUCUUUUCGCAUUUCGAGAAUAACUCCGGAUGGAGCAAUAACGCGGUGGCCUGGAGUAUAGGACUUCUCAGCUCUUGCUAUGUCCUAAUCGGCUACGAUGGUGCUACUCAUCUCAGUGAAGAGAUGAAUAAUGCUGAGAUGGGCGUACCUAGGGCCAUGGUAGGCUGUCUCUUGGUCAACGGUCCCUUAGGAUUUGCCUUCCUCCUUAUAAUUCUCUUCUUCAUGGGGGAUAUUUCGGCGGCUUUGGCUACUCCUACCGGGUUCCCAAUUAUUGAGAUUUUCCUUCAUAUGACCGGCAGCAUAGCGGCUGCUACCACCAUGACUGCUAUGAUCACUGUUAUGGCAAUCCUGGCGACAGUUCCUCUCCUUACAGCAGCGGCUCGAAUCAUGUGGGCGUUCGCUAGAGAUGGAGGUCUUCCCUUUUCUGAAAAGAUUGCCAGUGUUGACAAACGUCGACAAAUUCCUACCAUAUCCAUCAUCGUAGUUAGCUUUCUCCUCAUGCUGCUGAGUCUCAUCAACAUUGGUUCGACAACAGCUUUCAACGCCAUUCUUUCCCUUGCUGUAGUUAGCCUGCAGGUCUCAUAUCUGAUCCCAAUCAUUUUGUUGAUCUGGCGUCGCUUGUUCCGACCUGACACCUUGCUCUGGGGUCCUUGGCGACUCGGCAAAGCAGGUCUACCCAUCAACAUUUUCGCGGUCGUCUACCUCCUAUAUACUUGCAUCUUCCUUCUUUUCCCUCCCUUCCAACCCAUUACUGCAGUUAACAUGAACUAUGCACCUGUUGUAUUGGGAGGUGCUCUUGUAUUUGGCUGUGUCUACUGGCCUUUGAGAGUCAGCAAGCGGUACAUUGGUCCAUUGACCGAUGCCGAGGUGCUGGAGGGAACAGUACAUUAG